AUGGAGAUCUCAGUGGAAGGUCAUAAUCAGUCUGCUACCAUGGAGAUCUCAGUGGAAGCAAGAGAAGAGAACGUGGCGACGUUCCGUGGUUCUGAGUACUUCUGCUACGACCUGUCCCAGAACCCCAUCCAGUCAUCCAGUGAUGAGAUCACGCUCUCCUUCAAGACGUGGCAGAGGAACGGUCUCUUGCUCCACACAGGGAAGUCUGCUGACUAUGUCAACCUGGCCCUAAAGGACGGGGCGGUGAGCCUGGUCAUCAACCUGGGCUCCGGGGCCUUCGAGGCCAUUGUGGAGCCCGUCAACGGGAAGUUCAACGAUAAUGGCUGGCACGACAUCAAGGUCACACGCAACCUCAGACAGGUGACCAUCUCUGUGGAUGGGAUCCUCACCACAACAGGCUAUACCCAGGAAGACUACACCAUGCUGGGGUCUGAUGACUUCUUCUACGUGGGUGGGAGUCCUAGUACAGCUGACCUACCUGGUUCUCCUGUCAGCAACAACUUCAUGGGCUGUCUGAAAGAGGUAGGUUUAGUUUACACAUUCCCCCCGGUCUCCCGGUCCCCCCUGCUUUCUAAUGACACCCAGAGACCCGUUCCCCCGGUCCCCCUGUCCCCCCUGCUUUCUAAUGACACCCAGAGACCCGUUCCCCCGGUCCCCCUGUCCCCCCUGUUUUCUAAUGACACCCAGAGACACAGCUAUACCUACAGUCAGAGUAACACUAAGGUGGUCUAUAAGAAUAAUGACAUCCGUCUGGAGCUCUCCCGUCUGGCUCGCAUCGUAGACCCCAAGAUGAAGCUCCAGGGGGAAGUGGUGUUUAAGUGUGAAAACGUACCCACCCUGGACCCAAUCAACUUUGAGAGCCCUGAUUCCUACCUCAGCCUGCCCAAGUGGAAUACCAAGAGGGUCGGCUCCAUCUCCUUCGAUUUCAGGACCUCCGAACCCAACGGACUCAUCCUCUUCACCCAUGGCAAGGCCCAGGACCGCCGGGACGCGGCAGGGAAGAAGAACAACAAGGUGGACUUCUUCGCUGUGGAGCUGCUAGAUGGAGGGCUGUACCUGCUGUUGGACAUGGGCUCGGGAACCAUCAAGGUCAAAGCCACACAGAGCAAGGUCAACGACGGAGCCUGGCAUCACGUGGAUAUACAACGGGAUGGACGAUCAGGCAUCAUCUCAGUGGACAGUCGGAGGACCCCGUUCACAGCCAGCGGAGAGAACGAGAUCUUAGACCUGGAGGGACACCUCUACCUGGGUGGUCUCCCUGACAACCGCGUAGGCCUGGUGUUACCGACCGAACUGUGGACGGCCAUGUUGAACUACGGCUACGUGGGCUGCAUCUGCAAUCAGGGACUCUUCAUCGACGGACGCUCCAAAAACAUAAGGACCAUCUCUGAGUCUCAGAACACCACGGCAUCAGGCCCACCUGUAGUAAAGUGA